AUGAACAACAUUGACUAUGUGGAGACUCGCCCUCGAUUUCAUGAUCAUGUUUACUAUUCAAAAGACCUCGACGACUCGGAACUAGCGGAUCUCCCCGUCCUUGGGAUCCUCCAUUUCACUUUUCAACCUGGAGUUGACGUUUCCCAUCCGCAGCAGUGCCCUGCAACUGUAUUAUGGAAGAAGUCGUUGAAAUAUGUAUCGACAAUUCCUGGAUUUGAAAGGCUAUUUUGGUCGCCAGUGAACGAUAACGACGCCUCGUCAUGUCAGCAGGUCGUCGUCUUAAUCCAGUGGAAAGGCGUCUGUGGAUGGAGACAUUUCCAAAUUUCCCUCGGAUUUAGUAUGAUGCUAGGCUAUAUCACAGAAGCCUCGAACCGUUGUAUCCAACAUACUCUGCCGCCCGAAAUUCCUCGCUCAUGUUAUCUGGAGCUAGUAUCUUUUCGAUUCCCAGAUGGUAAAACGAACUUCAAAGCUGAAUGGGACAGCACAUUUUCACUGUUUAAUGGAGGUGCUUUAGCCGUGGCCGGAUUAUUACACGCCAGUGGAGAGUGGCUAGAAAGAGACAUAGAUACCGAGGAUUACUUCUUCGCUGGUCUACUUUUCUGGAACUCAGGCACAGGGUUUGGAAAUCGGAGCAUUUUAGCCGGUCACAUAGCUUCCCUCGUGGAAAAUGGUUCUUCAACAGUGUCGGUAUACACAAGCGAGUUGAGAUUUGUCUCAGUCGACGAUGCCUCUAUACUUCAGUCCUCCGACUCUUUCACGGGCUGUGAAAUCUCCAAAAUCAGACAUGCGGCCUUUCAAAAGCCCGUGCACCCAAGAUACAGCCUUGAUGAAGAUAUUUCGCCGGGUUUCAAGGACAUUUACCAUAAGAAAAGUAUGAGCAUGGCGAGGAUAAAGCCCCCCUGA